AUGGGGGCCGAAAAGAAGGAGCACACUCCGGCUGAGGAUACCGUCGCCGCCAUUGCUUCGCCAAACGAAGCUGUCAAGGCAGAAGGCGGCGCGUUCAAGGCCUACUUGAGAAUAUUUUCCUUCGGGGGACCCUUUGAGAAGCUCCUGCAAACAAUCGCGAUAAUAUGCGCCCUGGGCGCCGGCGCCGGCGUGGCCCUGCAAAACUUGAUCUUUGGCAGCUUCGUCACCACCAUCCAGGACUUCACCACCGGCCAGUCCACCCCUCAACACUUUCGCAAUGAAGUCUCAAAGCUGGCCCUCUACUUUGUCUACCUCGGCAUCGCGCGCUUCGUCCUCGCCUACGGCUACAUCUCCCUGACGACCUUCUCCGCCUACCGCAUCACGCGCAACAUCCGCCACGCCUACCUCCACGCCGCCCUGCGCCAGGAGGUUGCCUUCUACGACAUCGGCUCCGGCGGCUCCAUCGCCACCCAAGCCAUCUCCAACGGCCGCCUCAUCCAGGUCGGCAUCGCCGAGAAGCUCGCCAUGACCUUCCAGGGGCUCGCCGUCUUCGUCACGGCCUUCAUCAUCGCCUUCGUCACGCAGUGGAAGCUCACGCUCAUCGUGUGCUGCAUCGCGCCCCUGGUUCUGAUUGUGAUGGGCGUCGUCUCUACCAUUGAAGCCGGCCUCGAGACAAAGAUCCUCGACAUUUACGCCCAGGCGGGCUCCUUUUCCGAGGGCAUCCUCUCGAGCGCGCGCACCGUUCACGCCUUUGAGAUCCGAUCGCGGCUGGUGCAAAAGUUUGACAGGUUCCUCGAGGACGCCCACCGCAUCGGCAACAAGAAGUCGGCCCUGUUUGGUGUGCUCUUUUCGUUUGAGUACUUUGUCAUCUACGCCGGCUUCGCCCUGGCGUUCUGGCAGGGCAUCCACAUGUUGAACCGGGGCGAAAUUACCGAGUCUGGAGACAUUUUCACGGUCCUCCUAUCUGUGGUCAUCGGCGCAACGAGCUUGACCAUGCUGGCGCCCUACAUCAUCGAAUUCACCCGCGCCGCCUCCGCCGCCGCUCAGCUCUUCAAGCUCAUCGACCGCGUCUCCGAGAUCAACCCCUUUGACAAGUCGGGCCACCAGCCCACCGAGACCGUCGGCGUCGUCAACCUCGAGAACGUCUCGUUCGAGUACCCGACGCGCCCCGGCGUCACGGUCCUCGAUAACUACUCGCUCCACGUGCCCGCGGGCAAGGUGACGGCGCUCGUGGGCUCCAGCGGCUCCGGCAAGAGCACAAUCAUCGGGCUGAUUGAGCGGUGGUACAAUCCAAAGUCCGGCACCAUCAAGCUCGACGGCCAGCCGAUCGACCAGCUGAACCUCAACUGGCUCAGGAAGAAUGUCCGGCUCGUGCAGCAGGAACCCGUCCUCUUCCAGGGAACAGUCUUUGACAACAUUGCCAACGGCCUCGUCGGAACCCCGUGGGAGUCCUCGCCCCGCGAGGAGCAGCUCCGCCGCGUCCAGGACGCCGCCAAGAUCGCCUUUGCCCACGAUUUCGUCUCCCAGCUGCCCGAAGGCUACGACACGAUGAUUGGCGAGCGCGGCGGCCUCCUGUCAGGCGGCCAGAAGCAGCGCGUCGCCAUCGCACGGAGUAUCAUCUCGGAACCCAAGGUGCUCCUCCUCGACGAAGCCACCAGCGCCCUGGACCCGCACGCCGAGGGCGUCGUGCAGCAGGCCCUAGACAAGGCCGCCGAGGGCCGUACGACCAUUGUCAUUGCCCACAAACUCGCCACCAUCCGCAAGGCGGACAAUAUUGUAGUCAUGAACAAGGGCGCCAUUGUCGAGCAGGGGACGCACGAGGGCCUGUUGGCGCAGGGCGGCGCGUAUACCCGCCUCGUGAGGGCGCAGAACUUGAACGUGGCCGAGGAAGGAUCCAUUACCGAGACGGAGGAGGAUGACGACGAAGCGGUGACGGCGGCGGCUGCUGCUGGGAAGGAGGACAUUGAGCUCACGAAGACCAUGAGCCGGUACCGGACGACAGACCAGACGCGGAUGGAGGCGCAGAAGGAGCGCGACAACUUUGAUCAUUACAAGCCCAUCGGCCUCAUCAGCGUCGUCAUCCGCAUGGUGCGCGAGACGCCCGAGCUGAAGUGGGCGUACCUCGCAACCUUACUGGCCGUGAUAGUCGCCGCCGGCGCAUUCCCCGGCCAGUCCUUCGUCAUCGCCAACCUCGUCGACGUCUUCACGAUGACGGGCUCCGAGAUGAUCACCAAGGGCAACUUCUACUCCCUCAUGUUCUUCGUCCUCGCCCUCGGCGUGCUCUGCUGCUACUUCGUCAUGGGCUGGGCCACAAACGUCAUCGCCCAGGGGCUCAAUCACAAGCUGCGCCGGCAGUCCCUCAACGAUUUCCUCCGCCAGGACCUGCAAUUCUUUGACCGCGUCGAGAACAACACGGGCGCGCUUGCCAGUCGCCUCGAGUCGAACCCGCAGGCCAUCCUCGAGCUCAUGGGCUUCAACAUUGGCCUCAUCCUCAUCUCGUCGCUGAACGUCAUCGCGUGCGGUAUCCUGGCUAUCGCCACGACCUGGAAGCUGGGUCUCGUCGUCGUGCUCGCGGGUAUGCCGCCACUGGUGUCCUCGGGCUAUAUCAAGGUCAGACUUGACUCGCGCCUGGAUACCAAGACGUCGAAGCGGUACUCUGCGAGCGCGGCGAUCGCGUCCGAAUCCGUGACGGCGAUCAGGACCGUUUCGUCUCUCGCUAUCGAGGAGUCGGUGUUGAAGAGGUAUACUGACGAGCUCGACAACGCCGUGAGGGCUUCGACUGGCCCCCUUUUCGUCAUGACUGUUGCGUUUGGACUGACCCAGGCCAUUGAGUACUUUUUCAUGGCCCUCGGGUUCUGGUACGGCUGCCGGCUGCUCUCGUUCAACGAGAUCACAAUGUACCAGUUCUUCGUCGCCUUCAUGGGCACAUUCUUCUCCGGACAGGCCGCGUCGCAGCUGUUCCAGUACUCGAGCAGCAUGACUAAGGGCAUCAACGCCGCAAACUACCUCUUCUGGCUGCACGACCUCCAGCCGUCCAUCCAGGAGACGCCCCAGAACCGCGACGCCGCGCCAAAGGCCGGCGCCUCGGUCGACUUCCAGCAGCUCCGUUUCUCUUACCCCCUACGACCCGAAGCGCAUGUCCUCCGCGCAGUCGAUCUCGAAAUCAAAAAGGGCCAGUUCGUCGCCCUGGUAGGCGCCUCGGGCUGCGGCAAAUCCACAAUGAUCGCCAUGCUCGAACGCUUCUACGAUCCGACGACAGGCAGCAUCGUCAUCGACGGCGACGCGGCUCUGUCGGACCUCAACCCCCGCCUCUACCGCCACAUCGUCGCCCUCGUCCAGCAAGAGCCUACCCUCUUCCAGGGCUCCAUCCGCGAGAACAUUUCGUUGGGGAUCGACGCAGAGUCCCUGGACGAAAUCGUCCCGGACACCCAGAUCGAAGCGGCCUGCCGCGCAGCCAACGCGUGGGACUUUGUCUCGUCGCUCCCUGAAGGCCUCGCGACCCCCUGCGGCAGCAGCGGCAUGCAGUUGUCCGGCGGACAGAGGCAGCGCAUCGCCAUCGCGCGGGCGCUGAUCCGCCAGCCCAAGAUCCUGCUGCUCGACGAGGCGACGAGCGCGCUCGACACCGAGUCGGAGAAGAUUGUGCAGCGCGCGCUGGAGGAGGCUGCGCGGGACGGGGAGAGGAUCACGGUUGCUGUUGCGCACCGGUUGUCGACUGUGAAAGAUGCCGAUGUGAUUUGUGUGUUUUAUGGCGGGAGGAUUGUGGAGAAGGGCACGCAUGCGCAGCUUGUGGCCAAGGGGGGCAUGUAUAAGCAGAUGUGCGAGGCGCAGAAUCUCGAUUGUUGCAUUUUCGGCCUGGGAGUUGAGCGCUUGACUCCUCCCAUAGAGCACGGCGUUUGGGAAACGGGGUUUCUGUACGAUUAUCUGACUCGCAACUGCGCAACUCAGUCGAUCACUGACCCUCUUCCCUUGACAGAAAUGAUGAUCAUCCCAAACGGCGGAACCUGUCAAAAGUGUGCUGAUUUCCAACCCCGCGGCUUUGGCCAAGACACCACGGCUCAGUCAACUAUGCCGCUGGCGCAAACCUCGAUUGGGGAAAACGCAGCUUGGAGCGAACUCGCUUUCUAUGCUACUAGCAGAAAACGUGCUCCCCAACGUGGUCUCCGGAACAAGAAGCAGGUCCAUUGGAAAGCCAAGGAAAGCUUCUUCACAUCGUGGCGAAGUUCUGGGGGUCCAUCGGAGCUCGUGCCGUCGUCGUUCUUGGCGUUUGCGCAGAACAUCACCCACAACACGUUCCGUCAGCACACGCCCUUCUUCAAGGAUCAUCUUGGACUCUUGCAAGCAGCAGCGAUUAGCCAAAAACAUCGACACCACCUAGACCAAUACCUCCCCGCCGUCAACCCUGGUUCCCCGACUUACACCGGCAGCCAGCAGCCAAUCAGAAGCGCCAAUUCACCCACGGGGUCGGACCCAACGGCCACGGUCAACUCUCGUCUCGUCCCGGGAACACAAACCUCUCGACCGACUACAACCCGGCCGGGAUUGACGAAUAACAGCGAGCCAACGCCACAUGACGCCGUUCAUCUCUUGUGCCUUCUGGCAACCCACCCCACGCAGCGUUCGCAGGCUUCAUCCCCAAUCCGCAGACCGAGCACGCCCAGCUUCCAUCUUCGGAGCUUCUUCCUUCUUUCUCGCUCUAGCAUGAUUAGCAUCAUCUCCGCUUCGCCGUCAAAUAACAAGUGUCUUGGCGUUGGGAAGCCCGAGAUGGCCCCGACUCACCACCUCAAAGUUCGCGCAGAGACACGUGCCUCUGUCGCUCAAAACGAGCCCCGUCCUUCUGCCCCUGUGCUGUCCAAUCGCUGGGAUGAUGCGCCGCGCAAUCUGCAGCUCUCUCACCCGGAGCUGUCUUCAAAGUAUGGGACCCGCGAACGAGAGAAUCCGCGAACCGACAGAGUGUUUUUGUCAUGCAGUAGAUGGGGAACUUUUGGCGGGAGAGAAAGCUUCCGCUCCAACGUCCCGGUCAAGCUUGUUGUGCCCUUCUUCUCAUCCCAACGCUUCAUUGUGCUCUUUUGGCUUUACUCUGCAGCCAAUUCACCCCGAGGACACACAAAGAUGGUCAAGCUCAACCCACUCGCCGCCGUCCUGGCCGCGGCCUCGCUGUCGUCCCUCGCCUCGGCGCAGACCUACCAGCGCCUCGGGACGUGCCCGGACCUCGGCUGCGUCCUCCCGCCCGACCAGUCCGACUUCCUCCCCGGCCAGACCUUUGACCUCCGCGUCGAGGUCCACGCGCCCGUCAACGGCUCCGAGGCCUUCAACAACGGCGUCCCCGAUGAGGCCUUCAAGGCGACCAUUGCCAAGGAGGGCGGCGCCGCAAAGAGCUUGACCGAGUUCUUCGGUCUCGAGGAGCCCAAGCUCGAGAAGUGGUCGUUUGGGUGGUACGAGGACCUCUUUGCUGAGGACGCCAAGCAGAAGAGCGUCGUCAACGUGGCGUCCAAGAUUUGGCGCCGCCUCGCGCUGUACGAGCCCGGGAAUUAUGUCGUCACCCUCACGUACUACGACGGCAAGAAGACCACCGCCAACUGGGUCGUGCGACCUCUGGCGACGGAGAAGAAGGCCAAGAAUGUCAUCUUCUUCAUUGGCGACGGAAUGACCACCAACAUGGUCACUGCCGCUCGUCUUCUCGGCCAUAAGAGCAUCAAUGGAAAGUAUCAGACCAGCUUGGCUCUCGACAAGUUCCCCGUCAUUGGUCACCAGAUGACCCAUUCCAUUGACAGCUACAUCACCGACUCUGCCAACUCUGCCUCGGCGCUGUACUCUGGCCACAAGAGCACCGUGAACGCCAUGGGUGUCUACGUCGACUCUUCCCCCGACGCCUUUGACGACCCCAAGGUCGAGACCAUUGUCGAGCUGAUCCACCGCAUCUGGGGCUCCGCCUGGGGCGCCGUCUCCACGGCCUUCAUCGCCGACGCGACCCCCAUCGCCCUGACGGCGCACACCCGCGCCCGGUCCCUGUACGGGCCCCUGAUCGACCAGGCCCUCAACGGCAUCACAAACUACACCUGGACGAAGAUGACCGGCCCGGACGUCUACCUCGGCGGCGGCGCCGAGCAGUUCUAUCCGGGCAAGGGCUCCUACCAGGGUAAGGACUACUACGCCGCCUUCGCCGACAAGGGCUACAGCGUCGCCCUCAACAAGACGUCGCUCGAAGCCGCCGACCCCAACGAGCGCAUCCUCGGCAUCUUCACCCAGGGCAACCUCCCCGUCUGGCUCGACCGCAAUGUUUUGACGGAGAACCUGGCCAAGCUGAGCAACGAUCCCACGGGCAACAAGAGCGCCGCCGCCGACGUUCCGGGGCUCAAGGAGAUGACGCUCAAGGCCGUCGAGACGCUGCACAACCGCGGCGGCGAGCGGGGUUUCUUCUUGAUGUCCGAGGCCGCGUCCAUUGAUAAGCAGAUGCACGCGCUCGACUACGACCGCGCGCUGGGCGAUUUGCUCGAGCUGGACGACACCGUCAAGGCUACGCUGGAGAAGCUCGAGGAGCUCGGCAUUCUCGAGGAGACCCUCGUAGUCGUGUCAUCCGACCACGGCCACGGCUUUGACGUCUUUGGCAACGCCGACACAAAGUACCUCGCCGAGCAAAAAGACGACCGCACAAAGCGCAAGGCCGUCGGCGUCUACGCGAACUCGGGCCUGUCGCAGUACACCGUCGAGCAGCCCGGCGUCUCCUACAACACGGGGCCCAACUUCCCGCUCAACUGGUCCCCGCGCUACGCCAUCGCCGCGGGCUUCGGCGCCAACCCGGACCGCCGCGAGGACUACAAGGUCCACGCCGACGGUGCGCGCACGCCCGCUGUUGCGGCGACGAACACCACGGACUACUACGCCAACCCCAAGGACGCCGUCGAUGGCUUCGUGGUGAAUGGUACGCUGCCUACGAACGAGGCGCAGGGCGUGCACUCGUUGACGGACGUUGCUGUGUGGGCGAGGGGACCUUGCCAGGAGACGUUUGGCGGCACGUAUAGCAACAUCGAUGUUUUCUACAAGAUGGCGAACUGUCUUGGUCUCGCGCAGCCGAAGAAUGCGACGGCGCCUGGGGCUGGAACUAAUAUUACGUUGGUCAAGAACACUCCCUAUGACUAUCGCCAGACUGAAGAGUCUGAACUACUGGUUGAUGCUAUGGUGUUUGUCGACAUGGACAGCCAGAUGGACGGACGGAAACGCUCCCUCUCCGCUCGUCGCCGUCACCGUAGGAGGCUCGUGCUACGUCGAGAGUAUAGUCUUGUGGAGUUGUUCAUGCCUCGCCGCCCCCAAAAUCAAGUCGACGAGAUUGUGCACGAUGCCUCCCGAGAAGCAGCACAAACAUAA